CAAUAACAUCACCAAUUCUAAGCCAUUAUUCAGCCUUCAAUUGAACCAGCCUCGAUCUCAAUAACCAUGACCACAAACGUCGUCCUAGAAACCUCAAUGGGCACAAUCACCCUCGAACUCUACACCACCCAAGCCCCCAAAACCUGCGACAACUUCGCCACCCUCGCCCGCCGCGGCUACUUCUCCUCCACAAUCUUCCACCGCAUCAUCCCGGACUUCAUGAUCCAGGGCGGCGACCCCACGGGCACAGGACGCGGCGGCUCCUCCAUCUAUGGCGACAAGUUCGAAGACGAGAUUGACCCGAGCCUGAGACACACCGGCGCGGGCAUCCUCAGCAUGGCCAACGCGGGGCCCAAUACAAACGGCUCACAGUUCUUCAUCACGCUGGCGCCGACGCCGUGGCUUGACGGGAAGCAUACCAUUUUUGGCAGGGUCAAGAGCGGCUUGGGCGUGGUGAAGCGAAUGGGCAUGGUGCCCACAGGGCCGGAGGAUAGGCCAGUCGAGGAUGUCAAAUUGAUCAGCGCCAACGUGGUGGAAGGUGAAGAGCAAGAUUGAAAGGGCGACGAUUCGUUUUAUCCAUUUUUCUUCAGAAUUUUUUUUUUCCGCCUUGGGGCAUGCGACGUGCGACGGAGAGGAGAAAUAAUGAUUCGAGAUGUACUUGAAUCGGCUUCGAGAUAGACAGCAUAGCAAGGCGUUGGUUGACGAAUAUCCAACACACGCGUCAAUGUAAAUGAAGCAGCAGUGGUGGC